AUGUCAUGCUUCGAGCCCAACAACCAGAUGGUCAAGUGUGACCCCCGCAACGGCAAGUACAUGGCCACCUGCCUGCUCUACCGUGGUGAUGUCGUCCCCAAGGACGUCCACAGCGCUGUCGCCACCCUCAAGACCAAGCGCACUAUCCAGUUCGUCGACUGGUGCCCAACUGGUUUCAAGAUCGGUAUCUGCUACCAGCCCCCUCAGAACGUGCCCAACGGCGACCUCGCCAAGGUCAACCGCGCUGUGUAA